GGCUUCCCGGCAUGCUUGAGACGCUCUUGGCCAGAUAUCUGGGGAAGUUCCUGAAGGGCUUUACUCCGGAGCACAUCUCGGCGCAUUUGUUGAAAGGAUCGGUGAAGCUCAAGGAGGUCGAAUUAGACUUGGCCACUCUGGAGCAGGAGUUUCUGUCCAAGCUCCCGAAACCUCGUGCAUUGGAGCUGCAGGGUGUCAGGUGUUCGUCGAUCUCCUUGAAAGUUCCUUGGAAACGCCUUCGACGCAAAGCCGUGGUCCUGGAGCUUUCAGGUUUGACCGUGAAGCUCCGUGCGCAUAGUGAUGCGGAAUGGCUGGCCACGCAGGAGCAGCUCCGCAAACAAAGCGAUCCGGAGGUAGAGAUGAAUCUUGAGGAGGCCGAGGAUGCAGAAGAUCGAAAGGUCGAAACGCAGCUGAAGGUCGGUCUAAAGGAGGUCAUCAUGGAUGGACUGCAAGUGCUUCUGAAGAGCAUCCAGCUAGAUGUAUCCUCAGUAGAUCUCCCCGGUCCCCUCUUGCGACUCAGUGUCGAGGCCCUCCAGACCUUCCCUUGCAGCGUUCGGGGAGACAAGAUCAACCAACCUCAGGAUGUCUACGAAUUCUGCGACCCUUGCGCAAGGCUUUUCCGAUUGGUCCAGAUUGAUGGUCUGCGGCUUGCAGCGUUGAGUCACAAGCCAGGAGCCAUGGUGGAAGUCAUCGGACAGGUCACAGCGCAGGUGGAACAGAGGCGCUGGUGCGGCUUCAUUCCGCAGCAUCGAUCACGACGUGUGUGCCCCUUCAGUAGUGAGACGUCCAUCUCAAUCCGCUUGCCCUCUGUGGCAUUACAGCUGCAACUCGAACCCAUCAUGGCCCUGUGCGAGGUCCUGAUUCACUUGAUCAAAAGCGGCAUGACGGCAGACAAUCAGAACGAGGUCGAAGAGGCGUUGUCACCAAGUCCAGAGCAGGCCAUCUGGUGGUCUGAAGCACAGCAGGGCAGCGCGGGAGCCACAGGCCUGCAGUGGAGAGAACAACUGCUGCGUAGAAAAAAUGUCAGCCUUCUCUCCUUGUCAUUAACUUUGGUUCACUGUGGGGCGACCCUUUGCUUGGAGCCAAAGGCAGUGCAGUUGGAGGCGCACGACUUUAUGUUUACACUAGACCUGAUCUCUACUUUGGAUGCAUUCAGGUGGCGAUGUUUGCAUGAGCUUGGCCUUAUCGAGAAGGGUCAAGAAGGGGCGAAGAUGUGUGGCUUGCAGCGACUCUUUGGAAUCUACUUGGGCUCUGCCAAGCUCCUUUGGAGCACGCUAGGUUCCGCAGAUCUUCCCAGCACCUUACUCUCCUUGGGUGGUGAGCCACGUGCAGCUCCCUGCUUGACCUUCAAAUGGAAGGACCUCCCUUUGCACAGUCCCUGUGAAAGUCUGCAGCCCAUGGAAGGCUGUGUGCAUUCCGUGAAGCUCUGCGUCAACACGUCAGCCAUCCAACAGAUCAUCCACGCCGUGAAGAAUGUGGUGAUGCCCUUCACCCAACUGCUGCAGCCUCCUCCCUUUGCGGUGGAAUGGUGCCGUGUCCGUGUGCACGAGCUGACGGUUCAGAUUCCGCAGGUGGGCCGCCUUGGCGCUCCGGCGACAUUGCGGAUGCCUUCGUUGCUGUUGACGUCACUUGAAGGCUUGGGCCAACUCUUUACAUCCCUCGAAAGCUUGCCAUCCAGGCAUGUCUGGCAGUCCUCGAGCAGUGGUCAUGUUGGACUUCCAGAUGCAGCGAUGGACACGGCGGGUGUGCUCUGCGCCUGCGGUCGUCACCUGGGCACCACUCGCUUCGGCAGCGGCUUCACCCCACUGCGUGGCACUGGGACGGAGCGCGCCUGGCGAAUCAGGCAAACCAAGACCCGCGACCAUGUGCCUGUGGGCUACAAUGAGUUUUUGGAUAUGAUCCAAGCUCAAGUCUCUGCCGGUGCCCUUUUUUCCCUCUUACCAUCCUUGGAGACGGAGAUGCCAGGCGAGUCGCUGGAGGGACUUCAGCUUGAGAUAUCGCCAUCCUCGACCAGUAAGAAGAAGUCCAGAAGCUGGCUUUCAGGCUUCAAGCGCGAGAGAAGCAAAUCAGGAGCAAAUGAAGGAAAAGCCCCAGAACUGGCCAAAGAAUGGGCCUCACUGCAGGAGGCCAUCCGUCGCCUCUCCCGUCAGCGCGAGGAGCUCCAGCAGCGCCACCUUGCGCUGCGCCGCAGCGCCGACGAGGAGAUGCAGUUGAGUCGAAGCAGAGCAUCAGAAGUGGAGGAUGAGUUGGCCUUGAAAAUUGCGCUGGAACGCGGCAAGCAAGCGGAACUCUCUGCCCAGGCCGAGGAGCAACGACAACUACUGGUACUGCGUCUGCGAGAACGGCAGGGAAGGUUGCACAGCUCAGCACAGCAACCAAAAUUCCAAUGCUUUUGGAGGCAGAACUCGAAAUCUUGCACCAGCAGGAGGAUCAUUUGGAUCGGCCCAGGUUUUCGAGGUUCUGUCUCGACAAUCUUAGCCCCAAGGCCGCACGAUGCCGCGCCGCUGCGUUCGCUGCGAUGAAAA